UCCGACACAACAAUACAACAUUGGUCUGCAUUCACGCUCCCACUCUUUCCCCCCUCCCUCUCGGUAUGGCGGACGGCGAGAGGUCCCCGUUACUAUCGGAUCUGGGAGAUGGUGGUCUUGGCAGCGGUAACGGCGGGGUGUCUCCCGGUGCAGCGCCCUACGGUGUGCCCAUCAAACCACAGAGCUUCCCUCCGUUCCCCAGCCCGACUCAGCCCUCGGUUCUCCUGGGGGAGGACCCGCCGCCCUACUCCCCUCUCACCUCCCCGGAGAGUGGCAGUGCGCCUGUUAUCAGCUGCAGGGUGUGUCAGAGCCUGAUCUCCGUGGAGGGAAAGAUCCACCAACAUGUGGUGAAGUGUGGGGUUUGCAAUGAAGCUACGCCCAUUAAGAACGCCCCAGCAGGGAAGAAGUACGUUCGCUGCCCCUGCAACUGUCUGCUCAUCUGCAAAGUCACCUCCCAGAGGAUCGCCUGUCCCCGGCCAUAUUGUAAGAGGAUAAUUAAUCUGGGUCCAGUUCAUCCUGGUCCGGCCAGUCCUGAUCCCCAGCCGGCCGGGGCCCGGGUCUCCUGUGGGCACUGCAGCAACACUUUCCUGUGGACAGAGUUCACAGACCGGACGCUGGCCCGGUGCCCACACUGCAGGAAAGUCUCCUCCAUUGGCCAGAGGUAUCCCCGAAGGCGGAGCUUGUGGUGUUUUCUACUCUGCUUGCUAUUCAGCAUCUCCACCGCCGGGCUGAUGGCCGGAACGUGGGCGAAGGCUCAGACCUACCAGGGGAUCUACGCCUCGUGGGCCGCGCUGCUGCUCCUGGUUCUCGUCACCUUGGCUCGGGCCUUCUACUGGGCCUGCAUGAGGGUCAGCCAGCCCCUCCAGAACUUCACAUAGAGCCCCCUCCAGCCCCAUGCCGCUCCUCUCCUCCCAACCCAACCAGGCAGGAGGAAAGAAAAACAAAAAAAAAACACAGAAAAACCAGAUUAUUUA